GUCUUCUACCUCUUUCGCUGGCCAUGAGGCAGCAGGUGCCAUGGCUGGGGUUGGAGCUCUGUACUGAUUGACUGCUGCCUUUUGGAGUGGUUAAGAUAUCGGAUUCAAUUGCCCAGAAACAUGAUUGAAAACAGCAUGUUUGAGGAAGAGCCUGAUGUGGUCGAUUUGGCGAAAGAGCCUUGCUUGCAUCCCCUGGAACCCGAUGAGGUGGAGUAUGAACCCAGGAGCUCCCGGCUCUUGGUGCGCGGCCUUGGAGAGCAUGAGAUGGAUGAUGAUGAAGAGGAUUACGAAUCAUCAGCAAAACUGCUGGGGAUGUCCUUCAUGAACAGAAGCUCGGGUCUCCGGAAUAACAUGGCUGGCUAUAGGCAAAGUCCAGAUGGAUCGUGCUCGGUGCCCUCUACGAGGACCAUGGUGGUUUGCACAGUUGUCCUUGUGAUUGCAGUUUCAGUCAUAAUGGUGAUUUAUCUUCUUCCCAAAUGUACCUUUACCAAAGAAGGCUGCCAUAAAAAAAAUCAUACAAUGGAACUAAUCUACCCUUUGGCAACUAAUGGAAAACUAUUUCCAUGGGCAAAAAUUAGGCUUCCUACUGAUGUAGUGCCAUUGCAUUACGACCUUGACUUGCAGCCGAACCUGACCACUCUGAAAUUCACAGGUUCUGUGAAGAUAGUGGUUAGCAUCAUCCAGGUGACUUGGAAGAUCGUGCUUCACAGCUCAGGACUUAAUAUCACCAAGGCAACCAUUACUUCAGCGGGAGGGAGUCAAGCAAAGCCGGUAGAACUCCUGGAAUAUCCACUGCAUGACCAGAUUGCAGUCAUGGCUCCCGAAGCUCUCCUUGUAGGUCAGAAUUACACCCUCAACAUGGAGUUUUCUGCUAAUUUAUCAGAUACCUACUAUGGUUUUUACAAAAUUUCUUAUGAGGAUGAGAAAUCUAAGCAAAGGUGGCUUGCAGCAACUCAGUUUGAGCCUCUGGCAGCAAGGUCUGCUUUUCCAUGCUUUGAUGAACCAGCAUUUAAAGCUACCUUUCUAAUCAAGAUCAAGAGAGAUGAGCAACUUUCCACCCUGUCAAAUAUGCCAAAGAAAGCCACUACUCCUGUGACAAAUGGAAUUGUUCAAGAUGAGUUUUUUGUGAGUUUGAAGAUGAGCACCUACUUGGUAGCCUUUAUUGUUGGAGACCUGAAAAACAUCAGCAAGGAAACAAAUGGGACUCUGGUAUCUGUCUAUGCCAUACCACAACACCUAAACCAAGUUGGAUAUGCUCUAAACACAACAGUGAAGCUUCUGGAAUUUUAUCAAAAGUACUUCUUAAUAAACUAUCCUCUUGAAAAGUUAGAUCUGGUAGCUAUUCCUGAUUUUCAGGCAGGUGCUAUGGAAAACUGGGGCUUGAUCACCUUCCGAGAAACAACACUCUUGUAUGACAACCAAGCAUCUUCAGCAAGAGAUAAGAAGCUGAUAACUGCAGUGAUAGCUCAUGAGCUGGCCCAUCAGUGGUUCGGCAAUCUAGUAACUAUGGAGUGGUGGAACGAUCUUUGGCUGAAUGAGGGAUUUGCCACUUUCAUGGAGUAUUUUGCUAUGGAGGAGGUUUUUCCAGACUUACAUUCAGAUGAAGAUUUCCUAAAUCUGAUUUUCAAGGCUAUGAUGAAGGAUUCCUUGAACUCUUCACAUCCAAUCUCUUCUGUUGUUCAGUCUUCAGAACAGGUUGAAGAAAUGUUUGAUGCACUUUCUUAUAUAAAGGGAGCUUCACUUCUGUUGAUGUUGAAGCAAUAUCUCACUAAGGAUGUUUUCCAAGCUGGCGUUGAGAUUUAUCUGCAUAAUCACAGCUAUAGAUCUACCAAGAGCGAUGACUUGUGGGACAGCAUGAAUGAGAUUACCAAUGGAACACUGGAUGUAAAAAAGCUAAUGAAAACAUGGACUCUGCAUAAAGGAUUUCCUUUAGUGACGGUUGUUCGAAGAGGAAGGAAUAUCUCAGUCCAGCAAGAGCAGUUUUUGUAUCGUGCAGAGCCAGAAAAUUGGACGUCACCUGCAAGUUAUCUGUGGCAUAUUCCUCUCACCUACAUGACAAGUAACUGCAACUUUACCCAUUGUACUAAUGCCUAUUUACUGGACCAAAAGUCAGCUGUCAUUGAACUUCCCGAAGAGGUGGAAUGGAUAAAAUUCAAUGUGGAAAUGAGUGGUUAUUACAUGGUACACUACAGUGAAGACUGGAAAACACUGAUUGAUCUGCUGAAAAAAAAUCACACUGCUCUGAGUGCCAAAGACAGAGCCAAUCUGAUCAACAAUAUCUUCACUCUUGCAGGGCUGGGAAAAGAGUCUCUGGAAAAGGCCUUUGAGCUGAUCGAUUACCUAGAGAAAGAGAACUGCACUGCACCACUCACUCAAGCUUUGUUUCAGAUGAAUCUUAUUUACAAUCUCUUAGACAAAAGGGGUGAACAACAGCUGGCAGCGCGAGUAAUGCAUAGAAUCGAAAGUCUGCUUGGAAAUAAAAUUGAUCAGCAAACGUGGACUGAUGACGGGACCCUGUCUGAGCGAGAGCUGCGGUCAGCACUGCUGGCUUUCGCCUGCACUCACCAUCUGAGAAACUGCCGAGCGACUGCCACCGACAUGUUCAAGGAGUGGAUGAGUUCUAAUGGCACAAAAAGUCUGCCUAGUGAUGUUAUGAAAUCCAUAUUUGCGGUUGGAGCCAAAACUAAUGAAGGCUGGGAUUUCCUCUUAAAGAUGUACUCCUCUUCAAUUCCUGAAGCAGAGAAGAGCAAAAUGAUUGAAGCUUUGGCGAGCACAGAUGAUGUCAGAAAGCUCAUGUGGUUAAUGCAGAACAGCCUUGAGGGCGAUGUCAUCAGGACACAGGAGCUUUCACAUAUCAUAGCAACUGUUAGUCAGAGUUUGCCUGGAUAUUUGUUGGCCUGGGACUUCGUUAAAGAGAACUGGGAAAAGCUGACACGAAAGUUUCACCUAGGCUCAUACACGAUCCAGAAUAUUGUUAGUUGGUCAACUUGUCAGUUUUCAACAAAGACACAUCUACUUGAGGUGAAGACAUUUUUUGAGUCAAGAUCAGAGGAAAGUUCUCAACUGCGUUCUGUAAAAGAGGCAAUUGAUACAAUUCAACUCAAUAUCCGAUGGAUGGAGAGGAACUUAGCAAAGCUACAAGAAUGGCUGUAGUGAAUGAACCCAGUGCUGUGGUUUUUCAGCCAUUCGGUGAAUUUGUGGACUGUUGCUCUGUUACUUUUGCAAAAGCCAAGGUGAAACCAGGCAUCGCUGCAACAUUGUUUGCACUAUUAGGGAGUCUAGAUAGCUCAGGGCACAUCUCACGUAAGUUUUGUUUCUUCUCGGAGCAUUUAUGGGCAGGGUGUGAGUAUUCUGAAACUGUUUUCAUCUAUAGACCAAACAUCUACAUAAAUGAUGUCAAGUAAUUUUAUAUUUGAAACGUAUGCCCUUUCUUUUGGAGUUGUGUUCUAAUUUUUCAACAGUGUUCAGAUACUGACAGAGACAGAAAAAAAGGAAAGCUUACCAUGCAGGCUGUUUGUUCUUCGCAGAGUGCUGGUUGAGAAGUAGGGCUUUUUUUUAUGAGGAAAAAAAAUGUAAGUAGUUUUUUCACAUUUGUAGAUACAGUAGUUAUUGUGAAACAAAAUCACACUUCAAAUGUACUAAUGUACUUAAGUACUAAGUAAUGUACUUAAGUACUAAUGGAUCUCACAAGGUACACCAGUUUGAGGGGAAAUAAAUAAGCUUCAGGUUUGCUUCAGAUUUUGAUUUUGAAGUGUUCUCUAGAAUUUACAAAAAUAUUGAGAGUAAUAAUAGCAUUCUAAUAGUAUGCACUUUCAUCUGUCAAGUGAGUAUUAAUAUUACACAUAGAAAAGCAAAAAACCCAAAUGGCAAAAACAACCGUUUUGAAAUGGGAGUUCCAGAAGCACCAAUGUGAUGCUGGAAUUUUUAUUCAGAAUUCAUUAGACAUUUUUGAGAUUCUUAUCUUUAAUCGUAAAAUUGUAAUGAUUGUUGCUGUAUUGAUCUCUCUGAGCAACAGCUGAAAUUUGCCCUGGGAAGUUGCUCCAAGCUGGUUCAUCUGCUAGACUGACUACUGACUUGUCUACUCUUGACUACUGAUUUUUAAUUCACUCACUCAUUGCAGAGAGCCUGCAGUUAGUAGAUGUGUAUCAGCCACUUAAUUUAGGUAAGAGUCUGCUUUUUCCCCUGCUUGUUACUCCCCAUGUCACUAGUAUCAACUGUUGUGCAUCGCUAAUUUUGUAUGAUGUGGCGUUAGGAUUGCCUAUCACUUACAUUUUUAUGGUAUAUUCUUCUGCUGUUGUGGAAAAACUGCAGGGGACAGGUCUCCCAACUUCUCUGAAGAGACAGAUCGAAAACCAGAAGUACCACAUUACGGCAAAAUAUCUACUGUAGAAUCUGCCUUUCUGUCUAAAACAGUUGAGUUGAGAAGGCCAUUUCUGAGACAUAGCAAAAAAAUACACCUAGGCAAGAAUAAACAUACCUAUUUAUCUGAAGAUUGGAUUUUAUUUUUAAUAUUCAUUUCACUACAGGUGAACCUUUUGUGGAUUUAUACACAAGUUUAAACCUGUUUUACCUUAUCACAGGUCAAUUAUGUGAUCAGGCUUAAAAUAUUUAAUGGGUUUACCAUUAAAAACAGAGCUUUUUGAAUUAAAUGGAUUUAAUUUCAGCCAGUGUAAAUUCUGAAGAAGGCAGUAGCUUGAAUGAGAGUAAAGUGAGGACCACUUAAACUGUGUGAUUUCAAAUAUGAAACUGCAUCAUUGGUUAUUCAUUUGAUUAGCAGAACUUGCCAGCUAAGAUCACUUAAGCCAAGCCGCACUACUCCCCUCUUUUCUGAAUAUCUGUCAGAAGUCCUGAAAAACACAAACUUCUCGUUUUGUGACCACCUUUGAUUUUGAUGAUCUAGUCACAAAAUCAUCAGAAAGAGCAUUGGACCCUGAAAGUAUCGUGUUUGCCAAUAAGGUCCAGAAGCGAGCACAUUUUGCAUGCACUGAAGAAGUAAUUGGCUGUGUAAGUACUGAAAAUAGAACAGUAUCAGAAUCAGAUUUUCAGUUAUUUUUUGUUCUUGGACUGUUUGAACCAACUGUCAUGUAUUGUGCUUUUUUUUUUCUUUAACCUUCUGUAGAACUAUGUUAAUUCCAUCUUUGUGUGUGUCUGUAUGUGUAUGUUUACAUAGUUCACCUAUAUUUUUCUUUACAAUCCCUUCAUGUUAAAUGACAGUAGUAAACUUGUACUUUCCUGUCUCCUUGCGAGAUGUGUUUUCUCUCAUCCCAGUCGGCAGAAUUGAGACAUAUGAAUUUCGAAGAGAGAGUGGAGCAAGAUCCCAUCCGCCUCCUGUUUUCAACUGUAGGAUUUAAAAAAUACCAUUUUGUUUAAAAGCUUUAUUGCUAAUGAGCUCUUUGCAAGGAAAUAGUAUGCAGCUGAGUUUUAUACAGCAUAUACUAAAGAAAUGUUUUGAAAGUGUUUUUUAUUUUCUUUGAGGGCUUUUUUAUUUUAUUUUUUUUUAUUUUUAAUCCAGUAAUCUUCAGGUAGCCUUCUAGAUAUAUAAAUGAUGUUGCGUUUUUUUCAGUAUCAAUUGUAGGGGGCUUUUUAAUUAUUUUUCUGCCAUGGAGUCUCUGAACUUCUGUUUUUCUGUAUUAAGAAUUAUGUUGGAGUCCUCCUUCCAUUAGAAAUACUUACGUACACUCCUCCAAUUUUGGGUUCAUCGUGAAAUGAGGAAAACUGAGGUGUAGGCUAAGGCUAGAGCAGUGAGUUGCUCUUUAGAAUCGUAUCUGUCAUGCCUUUUACUGGGAAGGAAUGAAAUCUUACCUUUUUUUCUUUUUUUUUUUUUUUUCUCAGAUUUUCUCUGUCUUCCAGAAACAUGUAUAUUGUAGCUAACAUGCCUCUCUACAUCAUUUUCAUAGUAUUUUUUUAGAUGAAACUUGCAGAACCAGUGUUUGUGUACAUCUUGAGCUACUGUUACUUUAAAUUAGAAGAGCUUUCUGGUAAAAAGCUUUGAGUUUGAAUGCUGCUAGCUUUGAAUCACCUGCUGCAGUGUGAGAUGAUUCUGAUUAAUAAAUGGAGUUGUACAGUUUAUAUUCAGUAUAAAUUGCUGUCCUCAAAGCCAUUACGCCUUGGUUGUCUCCUUACUGUCCAGCAUCCUCUGUUUAUAAAUAAACCACUUGUAAUUUUUAAGAACUGACUGUGGUGGUAAAUAUACAUGUAAAAGCUCAUCUGCUUUUCACUUCUAUGCAAUUUUUUCUCUUUGCUCCAUGAAGUUAGCUUGCUGGGAAAGAUGUGAGCAAGUCAUUGAGUUCUGAGGUUUUUCCCUGAAAAAAAGGGAGCAACAAACUCGUUUUGCUUUUUAAGAGAUGGACAAAGUGCCCGUAACUUGUGAUGUGCUCUCAGCUUGCCUGAGACCUGGGAGACGUGGAAAGAUGGUAAUAUAUGGAGUGAAGGAGUUGAGAAUAGGUUAAGUGUUCCUGUGUGAACUGAGUGCACCUGUGUAUGGGCUGGAUCAGUGCACCAAGGUCAUUGUGCCUUAUGACUUCCAAUUACAGUGAUAUGCCGGGUAGUCUGCUGUAACAAGCGUCCUACUUUUCUGCUGGAGCCAGCUGAGGUCUUGUUCUUAAAUUGACAAGUUUAAUGUUUCUAGCCCAAAGCUGUUAUUGAGGAUGUUUUGCCCUUAGAGGCUGGAGACUUUGCUUCUGGGAGCACGUGAAACUUCAGCUCCUUGCUAAUGGGCGAGCAGAAGAGAGUUGCUAAUGGGGCUUUCUUGUCAUACAAACAGUUCCCUGUGUAUGAGUAUGUGUUGAUGGAUGGGGCAUGUCAGAAGGAGAAUGCUGAGCAGCGGCGUGGGCUUUCCUUGCCUCCCAUAAACAUGAUGAAAGUGGUACUUGAGCAUAGACCUUCCAAUUACUGAGCUGCUGAAGCAAGACUGUAAGCUUCACGGAGACGUUGCAGCUCCUCCCAGGCACUGCAUUGCUGUCAAGUUGAUUCCUUUUAAAUUAAUCUUGAAAAAUUUCCCUCAUCCUCGCCUCUCCUAGGUUGUCAAUGUGCCGGUUUGCUAGAGACCUUGUUUGCACUGUGGACUGUCGUGUUGUGUUGUCUGAUUUAGCACUUAAAAGGCAUAGGAAGUUGUUUUUUGCUAUAGAAAUGGCAAUUUGGAGUUCUUGCAGCAUCAAAGAUGGUUGGUUUUGGACAUAUUGUAAAAAGCACCUACAAAAAAGCUAUUCUUCUAUUUCCUCUUGGUGGUCAAGUACUUUAGGAAGGCUUUUUGAUUGUUUAUUUACUUGAGGCGAGGGUUGCUGGGGGGUGCACAUACUACUUUGCCGCUCCGUAUUUUUCACCUGCUCACCAUUUAGUGGAACAUUCCUUUUAUUCUGGCAAGUUUGUUUUGCUGGAAGAUGUGUUUCGUUGCACUCUGAAGUUUAAAAUCGCGCUGCUUUAGUAACUGUUCUCCCUUAUAUGCACUUGAUUCAUUCAGUCAUUUUCA